GGAGGCCAGGUGCUGUAGUUCAGGGAGAGAGGCUCCGUCUUAUAAAAACAAGAGGAGCCGCAGAGAGCUGCGACCACAGAGGAGACCUGUCAGUCAGCUGCCCGUCUUCAUCAGCUGCUCCUCUUCAUCAGAUCAGCGGCUCCUCUUCAUCCGCUGCUCUUCACUCCUCAGCCCAUUCAAGAUGCCUGGAUCUGAUCAGACCAGUUGUAUGGGACCAUGGCCCAAGGACGUGGGCAUCAUCGCCAUGGAGCUGUACUUCCCAUCCCAGUACGUGGACCAAGCCGAGCUGGAGCAGUACGACGGCGUGGCAGCCGGCAAGUACACCAUCGGCCUGGGCCAAGCUCGCAUGGGCUUCUGCUCGGACUGCGAGGACAUCAACUCCUUGUGUCUGACGGUGGUCCAGAGGCUGAUGGAGAGGAACGGCCUGUCCUACGACAGCGUGGGUCGGCUGGAGGUCGGCACCGAGACCAUCAUCGACAAGUCCAAGUCCGUGAAGACGGCCCUCAUGCAGCUGUUCGAGGACUCGGGGAACACGGACGUGGAGGGCAUCGACACCACCAACGCCUGCUACGGCGGCACGGCGGCGCUCUUCAACGCCGUCAACUGGGUGGAGUCCAGCUCAUGGGACGGCCGUUAUGCUUUGGUGGUAGCGGGGGACAUCGCAGUUUACGCAACAGGAAGUGCACGGCCCACAGGGGGCGCUGGUGCAGUGGCCAUGCUGGUGGGACCGAACGCACCUCUGGCCUGUGAACGAGGUCUGCGAGGAACUCACAUGCAGCACGCGUAUGACUUCUACAAGCCUGACCUGAUGUCGGAGUACCCUGUGGUGGACGGCAAGCUGUCCAUCGAGUGCUACCUGGGCGCCUUGGACCGCUGCUACUCCGUGUACCGCAACAAGAUCCACGCCCAGUGGCAACGAGAGGGCUUGGAGAAGCGCUUCAGCCUGGAGGACUUUGGUUAUCUGGUCUUUCACUCCCCGUACUGUAAGCUGGUGCAGAAGUCGUUGGCCAGAUUGAUGCUGAACGACUUUCUGAGCCACCCCAGCCCCAACACCGAGACAGGACCCUUCACCGGCCUGGACGCCUUCAGAGAUAUUCGACCAGAAGAAACCUACUUUGACCGGGAUGUGGAGAAGGCCUUCAUGAAGGCCAGUGCCGAUCUGUUUGAGAGGAAGACCAAGGCCUCGCUGCUGAUCUCCAACCAGAACGGGAACAUGUACACGCCCUCCGUCUACGGCUGCCUGGCCUCUGUCCUCGCACUACACACACCGUCGCAGCUCGCAGGACAGAGGGUCGGACUUUUCUCCUACGGUUCAGGUUUUGCUGCGACUCUGUAUUCUCUCCGCGUCACACAGGACCACACCCCCGGAUCGACUUUGGACAAACUGGUGUCGAGCCUGAGCGACCUGAAGGUGCGCCUGGACUCCAGGAGGAAGGUCUCACCUGCCGUCUUCUCUGAGAACAUGAAGCUGAGGGAGGAGACGCACCACCUGGCCAGCUACGUCCCCCAAGGCUCGGUGGACGACCUGUUCCCGGGGACGUGGUACCUGACGCGAGUGGACGACAAACACCGCAGGGAGUACGCCCGCACGCCUCUGGACCGCGACCUGCCGGCUGAGCCCGAACUCCUCGCUCGCUCCAACGCAACCACAGAGCAGCACAUCCCGAGUCCGGCCAAGAAGAUGCCUCGCAUCCCCGCCACCGUCCCCGAGGCGGCCGUCAGCAACUGAGAGCGUCCGUCUCCAUGGGAUCACAGUCCAGACCGGUCCAGGUCACAAGAGGUCCCUCCCACUUCAUCAUAAACUCAACCUCAUUAGCUCGGAGCAGUGUGGAGACGGCUGGACUUCCCAUCAUGCCCCUGCUGGCCACAUGUGACACUGUCGGACAGUAAGAAUUAGUUUAAUUUUAAAGUUGACACUUUUACACGUGCUCCCUUUUGCAUUUGUGCAAAACUGGACAGUUGUUGAUCUGGGAGCGGCUCAGGCAGAUGUUUGAGAAACAAGUCGACUUCCUGCUGGCAGCUCGCAGCCGGCGACAGGAAGAGGAAGUGGACAUAAUUAACGUGGCUUCAGGCCUCCUGCUGAUUAACGGGGGGGGCAGGGCCCUCAACUGUGUUUAUCGAUUAAAAUAGUGCUUUCCCCCCCCCAUGAACACACACACAUACACACACAUCAAGGUUUAAUAAAACAACAUCAGUGGUAGUUCUGUUACACCUUGGCUCCUGUUGUGCAACAUGAAACACAGACGGCCACAAGGUUCUGCAGUUAGAGAGAACCUCCACAUGUGGAGGUAGACCCCGUGAAGGAGACCAGAGCCCAGUCUGCAGACCUCUUAAGAAGUGGUCCCCCCAGGUGUGCCACGCCCCUGCUGAUCACCAGGGUCUGACUCCGCCCACUAUUCCAUCUGCUGACAGGUGGCCAUUUAAAGACUCAGGUUUACUCGUCUGAGUUUCUCAAACGGUCCUAGCACCUCCUCACCAGGACACUGCACAGAGUCCUCCAUGGUUACCAUCGUUUCAAAAGAACCCACAUAACCUUUUUAAUAUUUAAUUUAUAAAUAUUUGAUCACCUUUGGAAUACCUCUCCCCUGACUAUCUGCCUAACCAGUGCUAACUACCUUCUCCAGACCCGAGUCUUCAUGCAUUUCAUGACAGGUGUUUUAAACCAAUGACCAGGUAAAGCCCCAGCUCUGCUGGGACUCACCAGACGGACACGGACGUGUACCCAGGACUCAAAGUCAAAUCAUGUUUAUGCACAAAAAUAACAAAUCAACAGACCCCCCCCGAGAGAGAUACUGCUGCUUAUUCCUACCAGGAAAGGUAACUCCCUCUAAUUAGUGUCUGAUAAUGAAGGCAAUUAGUAGCAGCAAUGUAAGCUCCAAGUAAAACCUUCACACUAAAGUUAUCACACACCCUGGACACACCCAGGCAGCAGCACACUGUUCCAGGGGAACCUUAACUUACUAGAGGCCCAUUACUUUCUCAGUACAGAAAAGAGUGAGAACUGGAUCUGGAUCCUGGACGAGCCCCCACCUCUUACACCUUGACUCCUAACCCAACCAGAAACUCAGACGGCCACAAGGUUCUUAUAUUCUGUCUUUUCUUUGGUUCUGUAGAUUAUAAAACACAGAAAGUCACUCGGUGGAGCUCGAACAGUCAAUCAAGUUAAAUGAACCCAAACCACAAUCCUUCACAGAUAUCAGUGCUUUAAAUGUCAGAUUAUUUUUUUUAUCAAUGUCCAUGAAUUAUUCUUUGAGAAAUCCAAUAAAAUCCUGUUUUACUUUCUUAAAGAAAGAGAAGAAACUUGGAUCAACGAGUUCUUUCUCGACGCGUCUUUAUUCCAAGUUCGGUGGAAAUCUGUUCAUAAGUUAGUUUUGUCCAAAAGACGGAAUCGACCUCAGUAAACGGAACCUUUGGUUCUGUCGCUCCAGGAAAUAGAACUGAACUUAAUCAUCAUGUUCUCUCUAUUUUCUAGAUGUUUGUCCAGAGCAGGUGGUGGUUUGAAUUACGUGAUUGUAUUGGAGGUGAUUUGCUAUGAAUUUGUCUUUCCAAUGCCAGCACAUGUGUAGUAACAUGAACUGUGCCUGUACAUGUGUAGUAACAUGAACUGUGCCUGUACAUGUUACUACACAUGUACUGGCACAGUUCAUGUGUAGUAACAUGUACAGGCACAGUACAUGUGUAGUAACAUGAACUGUGCCUGUACAUGUGUAGUAACAUGUACUGGCACAGUUCAUGUGUAGUAACAUGUACAGGCACAGUUCAUGUGUAGUAACAUGUACAGGCACAGUUCAUUGUAUAGAUCUGUGUGUGUUGAAAUGAGGAAUGUGAAUUCACUACACUGUUUUGUUGUCUCUGUUCUGGUAAUAACACGACUCAGUUCUUGAAGUCGGGUCCCGACCCGGUGACGUGUUGGACUCCUCAGCGGGUUCACGUGUGUCUGAGGAAACACUCGACUGUUCUCACUCACAUGCAGGGUUUCACUCUGAAGCCUUAAGAGAAGGGCUGCGAUCCAUCAGGCGGGCGACGCACUCGACUGAGCCGCUUCAUGUCGGUGGGUUUCCUUCCUGUUUCACAGUGACGUCGGUUUGAUUCCAUCGUGGCAUCUGUCAACAUAAAGUAAACACAGCUGAUUGGGCAGAAGACAUCAGCCUCAAGGUGUCGGUGUCUUUUCAAAACCAUCUGCUAACAUGGAGCAGAUGGUUUAUGAGCUGUACUGUAGCCGAGCACCAGGGGGCGAUCCAGAUGUUUUGGCUUCUGAUUGGCUCCUGUAGGUGGGCGGAGCAGAGUCGUUCUCGAGAAGCCUUCAACACGCGAGUAAGAAUCGUAGACACGUAGCUUUUCCUCCAAUAAUGUAAAUAAAUCAUGUUUAUUGUACAGUCACGUGAUCUGAAGCCAUGAUGAUGAUGAUGAUGAUGAUGAUGAAUGAAUGAGGCAGAUGAAUUUUAUCGCUUUGUGCAAACAUGUAGAUUCUGAAUAAAUUAACUCUAAACUUG